AUGGCGGAUGCGGGUGCAGCGAGCUUACCUGGGGGAGACUCGGCGCUGCCGCCGCCGCCUCCUCCUCCCCCGCCGCCUCCCCCGCCGCCGGAGGAGCAAGAGCUGAGCCAGCGCCUCCGCCAGCUCUACCCGGCCGUCAACCCUGCCGAGACGCCGCUGCCGCGCGCCUGGAGCCCCAAGGACAAGUAUAGCUACAUCGGCCUCUCCCAGGGCAACCUCCGUGUUCACUACAAAGGACAUGGGAAAAAUCACAAGGAUGCUGCUUCUGUCAGGGCUACCCACCCCAUCCCUGCAGCCUGUGGAAUUUAUUAUUUUGAAGUGAAGAUAGUUAGUAAAGGAAGAGAUGGGUACAUGGGAAUAGGACUCUCUGCCCAAGGUGUCAACAUGAACAGACUUCCUGGUUGGGAUAAGCAUUCCUACGGCUAUCAUGGCGACGAUGGACACUCCUUCUGCUCAUCAGGGACAGGGCAGCCCUAUGGCCCCACUUUCACUACUGGCGAUGUCAUUGGCUGCUGCGUGAACCUCAUCAACAACACCUGCUUCUACACAAAGAAUGGGCACAGUUUAGGUAUAGCCUUCACAGAUCUUCCUGCCAAUCUAUAUCCCACUGUGGGGCUCCAGACACCCGGAGAGAUUGUGGAUGCCAACUUUGGGCAACAGCCAUUUGUGUUCGACAUUGAAGACUAUAUGAGAGAGUGGCGAGCAAAGAUUCAGGGCACGAUUAAAAGGUUUCCCAUAGGUGACCAGCUAGGGGAAUGGCAAGCCAUGCUACAGAACAUGGUCUCUUCCUAUCUGGUACAUCAUGGAUAUUGUACUACAGCCACUGCCUUUGCCCGUGUGACAGAAAGUACAGUCCAGGAGGAACAGAUCUCCAUAAAGAACAGACAAAGAAUACAGAAGCUGGUUUUGGCAGGAAGAGUAGGUGAAGCCAUUGAAGCAACACAGCAGCUCUAUCCAGGGCUUCUAGAGCACAAUCCUAACCUCUUCUUCAUGUUAAAGUGCCGGCAGUUUGUGGAGAUGGUGAAUGGAACAGACAGCGAAGUGCGCUUUUUCAGUACCCGCAGCCCCAAAUCACAAGACAGCUACCCCGAUUCCCCCAAUCUGAGUCCCCGACAUGGCUCCAAUAAUUUGCACAUCCACAUCACUGGAGCAGACAGCCCAAGCUGCAGCAAUGGGGUGACCUCCCUCAAAAGCAAACAGAGCCACAGUAAAUAUCCUGCACUGAGUUCCUCCUCCUCCUCCUCUUCCUCCUCCUCCCCUUCAUCCGUGAACUACUCCGAGUCCAACUCAACAGAUUCUACCAAAUCCCAGCAACAUAGCAGCACUAGCAACCAAGAAACCAGUGACAGUGAAAUGGAGAUGGAGGCGGAGCACUAUCCCAAUGGAAUCCUGGAGAAUUCAGCCACCCGAAUAAUGAAUGGCACUUACAAGCACGAAGAGAUUCUACAGACCGAUGAUUCCAGCAUGGAAGAUGGCUGCCCUCAGAGGCAACUCUGCGGAGGGAACCACGCUGCCACCGAGCGGAUGAUCCAGUUCGGGCGGGAGCUCCAGAGCCUCAGUGAGCAGCUAUGCAGAGACUACGGCAAGAACACAACCCACAAAAAAAUGUUACAGGAUGCAUUCAGCUUGUUAGCCUACUCUGACCCUUGGAACUGCCCAGUCGGUCAGCAGCUGGACCCAAUCCAGAGGGAACCUGUGUGUGCUGCACUCAAUAGCGCUAUUUUGGAGUCUCAGAACCUGCCAAAGCAGCCCCCGCUGCUGCUCGCCCUGGGCCAGGCCUCGGAGUGCUUGCGACUCAUGGCUCGCGUGGGCCUGGGCUCCUGCUCCUUCGCCAGAGUGGACGACUAUUUGCACUAGCCACCGAGUGAGGCAGAGUGACCCUUCCAGUUGCUGCCCUUUCACCUCUUCCUGCCUUUGCGGUUUCUCACCUGCGCCUGCCCUCCACCCGCUGCCCAGCAGCAGGACGCAGUGUUGACUGAGGGAGGGGAGGAGGAGGAGGAGGAGAGGACCCUUGACGCGCCUCCGUUGCUCGCCCUGGAAACUGCUCACAGGGCCGCCCCCCCAUCCCAUCCCACCCCACCCUGCCCCUUCCAUCACAGCCCCAUCUUGCUCUGUCCCACAGCACUUGGCCUUCUCACUGGUCCCUCGGAUGUAGCGCCUUCUGACUUUAGGAUUUUACCUUUAUUUUAUUAUAUUAUUUUAUUUCUCUGACUGAGCCACCAGUAUUUAUACCUGGAGAGUUUGUGCUGAGCUGGUUUCUAAUUCAUUUAGAGAUAAAAAAAAAAAAGUAUAUCUUGAGUUGGUGAUGGCCUGUUUUUGCUUUUUGUUUUAACUUUAUUUUUACGUUCGGAGAAACUUGCUGGCACGCGUGUUCCUUGGACAGUAUUGUUCACUGUUGCUGGUCCUCACAAAAACCAAGAGGCUGAAUGUGCUUGUUGGAAUAUUAGCCAUGCUAUCCAAACAAAAGAGUUUAAUCAUCAUCAUUUUUUUUUUCUGUGCCUAUGACACACAACCCUAAGAAACCCUACGGAUUCGCCCUGGGAACUAAUCCAGGGAAAGGCUGAGAUUGGGAACAAUGAGAUGAUCUGUUCCCAACUGUCCCUUGAAUAGGAUAUCCUGCGAUGCUUGGAAAGAGAACUGGGGUGACCUGAGUUGUGUCCCCAUCCUCUGGGGAAGAACAGGAAUAUCUCUUAAUUAAGACAGUCAGACGUGACUAGAGCAUCGCUGUGGGAAUGCGCUGUUGAGCUGCAACUUCCCAAACCACUGAUUAUUGGCCACGCUGACUGGGUGGCUGGGAGCUUGACAAUCUCUGGAAGAAGCACAGGUUCCUUCUCCUUCAUCAAAGCCAUCUUAGGCUGCUGCAAGGGCACUUCUCCUCUGUCACACCCGGCCACAUCUAGGCAACUCAACGACUAACUCUUAAGACUCACCACAAAGAGGAAAGA